UUUAAACGGGAGUUUGAAUAGUGAACAACACACCAAGCAAAAAUCAAAAGCAAGCUUAAAGCUUAUUUUACAACAAAAAAAAGAAAAGACAUAUUCAAUUCGAAUCUAAAUUAACGGACAAAAAUUUCCCCAAAGAAACCAAAAACAAGAAAAAGAGGGAAAGUUUAAAGAAAAACUGAACAAAAAGUGAAAUUACCAAGAACUUCUAAAGAACUCUUAAAGGGAAAAGUUGCGGAUUUAUUACCUAAAUCAAGUGCCUGUAAUAAAAAUAAACUCAAAGUUCAAAAAUACAAACAUGUCGUUACGCCUGUUCUUUAUGUGCUGUGGCCUUAUAUGGGCCUUGAGUCUAUUGGAUGGUGCUGCCUCCUAUGCCGUGGGCCAAUCCAAAUACGGACACAUUGAGAAAUUUCCCUACCAAGUCAUGUUGAUUGGCAAACAGUUGUGGCGCAAGCGCAUAUUAUGUGGCGGUACUUUGCUGGAUAAUCGUUGGGUCCUUACCGCAGGACAUUGUACCAUGGGUGUAACACACUUCGAUGUUUACCUGGGCACCAGAAGUGUUGACGAAUCUGUAGAAGCUGGCAAAGUGGUUUUGCGCAGCAAUAAGUUCAUAGUCCAUGAACAUUUUAAUCCCUCAACAGCAGCCAAUGACAUUGCCCUGGUGAAAUUGCCCGAGGAUGUGGUCUUUACAUCUCGCAUUAAGCCCGCCACAUUGCCACAUGCCAUGAGAAAUGAUCAAUUUGUGGGAUCACGUGUGGUGGCCACAGGCUGGGGUGCUGCCGGUGAAACCUCAAACUCAGAUCCCAUGCAAUUUACAGAAUUGCGAAUCAUCUCCAAUGAAGAGUGCGCCGAUGAAUUCGAUGUGGUCACCGAUGGUGUACUCUGUGCCAAAGGUCUAAAGGAUGAGACAGUGUGCACCGGUGAUUCUGGUGGCCCCCUCGUGCUAAAGGGCAGCCAAAUGGUAGUGGGUAUUACCAGUUUUGGUCCUGCCGAUGGUUGUGAAACAAAUAUUCCUGGAGGUUUUACACGUGUCACCCAUUAUCUGGAUUGGAUAGAUUCUAAAAUUGGUAACAGUCAGACCAACUAUCAACAGCAACAAACGCAAAACGUUCAUCACAAACAUCAGGAUGGCCGUUAUAUUCAUCAAGUUUAUCAAAAAUCCCCAUCCAAUGUCAGAGAACAUCCCAAUAAUGUUUGAAUUGGAUAUUGGAUGGUGUGAGUUUUGAAAAAAAAAAAACGAAAAACUACUUGGGGGAGUUGCCCCUCUCCUACAAUUGCUGUAUCUCAUCUCAAAUGACUGACUGAACCGAAUAGCUUUAUUUUAGAAUCCUAUCCAGUAAUUAUUAGUCCCUAAGGAAAUUGUUAGCAUUUACAAUUAUUUAUUUAUUUUUUAUUGUUAAGUUAUUGUUUAAACCAAAAAAGAAACAAAAUCAAACAAAACAAAAUCAAAACAUUGUUAAUUAUGCAGAGAAAGCAUUUAAAAGCCAAAACAAGAAAAAGAAACAGCUGAUCUGUAGCUAUUUUAUUUUGAGAAUUUAUCGAUAAUUCUGCAAAAGACCACGUUUUAUUUGUGAUAAUGUAAACAAAAGAAAAGAAGACAAUUGUUAAUGAUGUU